AGUUGAAAAGACAGCCGACGAGGGAUGUGCCCUUUUUGUACUCCGCUUAGGAGCAGCUGGAGGUAGCAGAUGGAGUUUCCCUGAAGGGAGGACGCUUUCAGGGAUUCCUAAAUUCCCUAAAAGAGAAAAUGGGAGCUUUCAGAGUGAAAGCCUGAGUUCUUAGGAGUCCUGGGGGCUGAUCUCCAAGCUCCCCUGGAAUCUUAGCCCUCGCUUUCCUGAGGGUUUAAAGCCGAGGGUGGUCCAGGUUCUGAGAACCACCCUCGUCCCACUCCCUCCAGCUGAGAGCAGCCUUUUCCUGGCAGUGGAUACGUAGAAGCCAUGAACCUACAAAACAGGAAGGGAGCCCAGACCCGACAAGGCUCCUUAGGGUUCUAGGCUUUAGAACUGCAAAGAAUUUGGGGAGUAAUUGAUUGUAUAUGGGAAAAUCGAGGCCCAGAGAGAUGUGACUUGCAUAAGGUAACAGCAAAACCAGUACUCGAACCCAGGUUUACAGACUUCAAAGCCUACGUUCUUUCUAUCACAGCGGUUGCUUGUACUCCCCUCCCCCCAUCCUUAGAAUCCAUAGAAAAUGAAUUGGAGAGGGAAGAGAAGGGAGGGGGGAGAUGCUAGAUUCCAAGAAGUAACAAGAAGUUCAAGAAUUACUUGAUGAGUGGAGAAAGGAAAUAGGGUGAGGGAAUUUAUGUAGGGAAGGGAAGAAAAACAGGAAAAUAUAAGUAUUUUCCCUUGAUGAAGAUGAUGUCACCAUGCUAUCCAUAAUGAAGGUAGUCUUCAAUAAAAUGAGAUCCUUGAGAGUAUGUACUGUUGGAUUUUUUUGGUCUUAGAACCCCCAGUGCCUAGCACUGUGCCUAAGAUGUAGGCACCUGUUGGUGAACCAGUGGAGCUGCUUCCUUACCCCUCAUAUCAUCCACCCCUCUUCCCAGCAGCCCAAUGGGAUUAAUUCCUCCCCUAUCUAGAGUUAAGGGGUGAGGUGGUUCACAGGACAAUUGAGAUUUGCAUUUUGAGCACUUGGUCUCCCAAAGGUUAGCAAUCACUACUUAAGUGCUUAAUAAGUGUUUGGUAGUUGGUGAUAGUGAAAAAGCAAGAGCUGACCAUAUAAAAUCAUUUCUACUUAGCUGGCAUAAGUACACUUACUCUUUGUAUUGUAGAUUCAUCCUCCUAAUUAUGAUUUCCUUGACCAUCAGAUGAAAUUAGUUUCAAUUUCCCAAGAAUGGACCAAUAUAAUUUAGGAAAAGGUGAAUAGGAAGAAUGCUGGGGAAGGAGAAAGAAACCUUGCUGUUAAAACUUGCUCAAGAAGCAGCUAGGUAGCAUAGAUCAUGACAGAUCUGGAGUGGGGAAGACCUGGGUUCAAAUCUGGCCUCAGACAUUUCCUAGCUGUGUAACUGUAGGCAAGUUACUUAACUCAUUUGCCUAGUUCUUGCCAUUCUGUUUUAGAAUUAUUACUAGGAUAGAAGGUAAAAGUUUAAUAAAACUAACUUGGUGCAUGAAUGAAAAAUUAGCAUCUUAAGUCCAUAGUAUGAGACAAACUGUGCUAAACUCUAGGGAUAAAGAUACAAAAGCCCAAACAGUCCCUGCUGGCAAGAUGCUUACAUUUUAAAGGCAGAUGGCUGUAUAUAUAGAGCAGUGAUGACCCAAGAACACUUUGCUCUGAUAAGUUACAGGAAUGGCAAAUGGACCCACUGGAGAAAGAGAUUAAUCUAGCCUAUCCAGGAACAUGGUUUAUGAUAUUUGAAUUUGGAGAGGAUAGUGAACUGAAACGUGUCUGGGCUUUUCUUACAAUACCUAACUAACGAACCAGUCACCAAUCAGAAAGAACAGGAAGCUGUUUCAGGGGCAUUUGGUGUGGAUGCUGAGGCAUUUGGUGAGAAGGUUGUGAAAGAUGUAGCCUCAGAUGGCAAUAUUUUAGGAAGGAGAGUAAGGAAAUGGUGGGUAGUGUGUAGAACUUGGAGUGAUAGGACCUGAAUUCAAAUUCUGCCUCAGAUGGCUUGUUAGUGGUAUGACUGUGGGUAAAUUACUUAAAUUCAACCUCAUUUUUCUUCAUCUAUAAAAUGGAGAUACAACAGCCUCUACUCAGGAUUGUUGUAGGAAUAAAAUUAAAAAGGUAACAUUUUCAAAGCAUUUUACAGAUUUUAAAUUUUAUACAACUUGUAAUUUUGAAGCAUUAUUUAUGAUAGGGCAUUUAAAUAAAGACCUAUUUUGUAUCUGUGAGAAAAUCUUCACUUGGGAAAACAAGCUUAUUUUUUUUUCCUUAGAAAGGAAGAGGUUAUUAACCAAAAACCAUUCCCAAGUCCCUUUCCUACUUCAUUUUUCUUGGCAGCAGAGUUUUUUUUGUUUGUUUGUUUUACCUGACUUCACCCAGGAAGGGGUUAUAGGAUUACUUUGAUAAAUGGAUUGGUCUGUCUGGUUUCAUUAUAUUUGUCAUUUAAGUUGCUUGCUCCACUAUCUAUUUUCUGGCUGUGGAACAUUCAUCUUUGCCUUUGAGUCACAAAUAAUUAUAGCUAUGAUAUAUUACAUAGAUUAGAUAUGUUUUUGCUUAAAGAAAAAAGUAUGAUAGGGAUAAUUGGCAAAAGAAAUUUGCACCUGAAAUUUGGAAAAUAUUAUGUAUAACUGGGUGAGGGAGGUGAGGGAAAAAUGUCACUGAUGUGAAAACAUAAGUAUCUGUAAAUCCUGGGAUCCCUGCGUCAAUAUUAAAGUUAAUAGAGACCUGUGAAUCUUAAAAACUACUCAGACUGUACCUUAGAAGAUUUAGUUUAGCUAUUCCCUUAUUGUAACAAUGGAGAUACUUGGUCUAACUAGAAUCAGGAAUGUAUUGGGAACUUUUAAAAUUACUCCACCCUAAUUAGACAUACCUUAGGGGAAGAUAAAAGUUGUAAACUCCUGAUUGAACAAUGAAGGUACAUAACUCAUACCUUAUAGUGAAACUAGAACCUUAAGCUAGGUCUAUUUUUAGAUCUAAUACAAAAAUGUGUUAAGUACCUGUAAAGGUUAAAUUAAUCACAAAAAGGUCAAGUAACUUACAAAAGGCAAGCUUAACAAAGAGGUAUGAAGAACUCAGAAGAUAUUAUCUAACUAGAGAAGGUGAGAAUCAAAGAAGGUGAGAACUAAGAAUGGGUAGUCCUGGAAAAAAGCAUCUACUGUGAUUGGUAGAUGUGAAAAUUUAGGGGAGUUUACAUAAGAGAAAAUUUUCUUUAAAAGGAAGGGUAAAAAGUCAGUUCAGAGGAAUGGAGUUUGGAAUUCAGUUCGGAAUUGAGUUAGAUUCGGAACUCAGUUCAGGAGAUUCAGUGGAGGACUGGAGCUUGCUUGGAGACGGUCUUGAGGAAGAUGGCUGACAUCUUAACCAAAAUGGAGCUAUGUCCCUACUGUAGGAAACAAUUUAAACGAUUAAAGUCUCAUUUGCCUUACUGUAAGAAGAUAAGACCUAUUCUUUCUGAUUCAAAUAUUACUUCCAAGGCAGUAAUCCUCCAAGCCCCCAAAAUAAAGGAGCUAUGGAAAAAAUCAGCAAAAGCUAAUGCUGAUGGUGAAGAGUCAUGUAAAGAAAGUCAAAGGAAGAGAAGAAACACAAACCUUAUAAAAGAUAAACUACAUAUUGCUGCCUUUGAAAUGGGAACCAAUGUGCAGACAAAUAAAGACCUGAAGAAGCAAAUUAAACAGAGUCCCCAAAUGACACAGACUCCUCCUAGACCAAGGAGGGUUUUUUUUCUGGAUGAGAAUAGGCUUCAGCUUUCUGCAGCAAAAAAAUUUACAAGAUAUUUACCUAAACCAAAGGAAGACAAGAGCAAAAGUCUUUCAGAAAUUUGGGGAAGCAACUCUUCUGAAUGCUCUUCUAUCAAAGAAGACAAAAGAUAUCCUUCAAGCUUCCUCAAUUAUAUGAAAAUUGAGCAACCAGGACAGAAAAUACUGGCAGAAACAUUAGAUUUACCUUUCAGUGAUCAGAGUUUUCCUAGUCUUGAGAGAAGUCAAAAUCCUUCUGCAACUUUACAAAGCAAUGAGAGAGGCCCUAAAACUAAUGACCCCAUCUCAGAAACCUCAUCCAGUGUCAAUAAUUCUGAGACCCAGAGAAGAAACAUAGAACCACUCUUCACAGGUAACUUGUAUAAGGCACUCCAAAUUGGGGGAAUGGAGAACUAUCACAUCAAACAUGGAGCAAAGAAAAAAGAGUUUCACUGUGGGCUAGAUGCAACUAGAAAGGGAAGUUUGAAUAGAGGAUUUGAAGGCAUUAACACAUCACCUGAGGCAGAAGUACUGAAAUUGGAUUAUGUGAGAGCUGGCCCUAAGAAACAUAUGAAUAACAGUGAUUUAGCUAUGGAGAAGAUACCUUACCAUGAUGAUGAUGAUGAUGAUAUAGCUUUGUUGUCUUCAAGGGGUUCAACUCAUGAAAAGUUUCUUUCUUUGGCAGAAUUUGGUAACCAAAGUCUCUCUGCUUUGGUUUUAAGAUAUCUACAAGAAGAGGAAGAUGGGUACCAGGCUCAGUUCAUUCAAAACAAUCCACUGGAAAGUAAAAAACCAAUUUCUUCAGAGUCUGACUCUGAUUCCAAAAGUUGGGUGUCCCAUACUGGAUGUCAUCGACAAUCUGUAAACCCAGACUGGCAUGGUGCUCCUAAAAACUUAAUCAAUGGUCAUGUCAAAGCCUCUGACAACAAGAGCCUACCUAGGUCCAUGGGCCUAGAGUGGUUUCCAGAACUUUAUCCUGGGUAUCAACAUUUGAGAGUAUUGCCAAGGAAACCUAAGCGAAGGAAUACUGAUAUCCAGAAACCUCACCACAACUUCCCAGAAAUGGAAGGAUUCUUAAAUGUUCCACUUUUGGAAAAAAGUCUGAUGGAUAUAAAGAUUGGAAACCUUCCAUCCUGGCUUACAAUGUCCAACUUCUCUUUAAUGGGGCUGCUGGGAACAGUUCAAAAAGCCUGGAUUAAAUACCAAAAAUAUAACAACUUGAAGAAGGGUAGCGUCGGUGGCAUCACCAUGCUCUUUGCUGGAUACUGUGUCCUUUGCUACAGCUGGAGUUUCAAACACCUGAAGCUGCAGCAUUGGCGCAAACAGUACUGAUCAGGAACCCAUGCAUCGUGUCAAGAGUUCUUCUGAUAGAUUGGGAGAAACACAGUGAGAACCACUGUAAUUCAUGUUAAAGCAAAUAUUUUACUUCAGAAGAGGAGAGAGGGAAUAGCAAAGUUCCUGAACCAUAUUUUUAAAAUAUAAUUAAAAAAAUUAGUGCUGAGACAUUAUUCUCAUUGUC